AUGGAUAACCUCGACAAAACACCCGAAGUUCGCCUUUCUGCAUCCUUUGAAACCUUCUCCGUCAUGGACAAGAAAGACCGGAUCCGCCAUCAGCUCAACUCGUGCGCAGAACAAAUGCAAGAGCUUCUUGAUCAACUGAACCCCGUCCAAAAGAUCUCCCAAUCCUUCCAGAACAGCAUCACCCAAAUCCAGCACUUGAACAAGUUCGACCAGCCUAACGUGGUCUCGCUAUGGCAGGAUCUUCUCCACGAGCUUCGCGCCUUUCCUUUCCGCUCUGAGGAAUUUAGCCCUCGAGGAGAGUCGCAAAGCCUUCUUGACAGACGGGCUGAGCGCAACCUGAAUAUUCCGAUACUUGUCGUUGAUACCAACAAUCAUCGUGAACGAGGUCUGCACUCCAGAAAACGCAGGAAUGACGACGAGGACGAGCUGAUUCGACCUGACCACGGACAUGAAGAAGGUUCGAUUGGAGUAGAGAAGAAGUUUAACGCUCACGGCAUCAUCGACAAAAUGAAUGAUCCAGCAACAAAGUGGAAGGUCUUAGGAAAGCGAAGGAAUGGCGACUAUGACGGCGAUGAUGAGCUGAAUCAACCCCAGACAAAGCGCACUAAGUUUUCCAAGAAGCAGGGAUGA